UCGAUCAGACCAAGUUGUUUACCACCGCAGACAUCAUAUUCUCCCUCUCUGGUGACCGUCCGCGUCGACGACGACCGUUCGCGCGUUUUUUCAUUUACCCGCCGAUUUGCUGUAUACGUUUUUCCCGUGCCAUGUCGGUCGGCGACGCUUUGCCGUUCGACGUGAAUUGGGAGCGAGACGACCAUCGCAUCACGCUGUGCGUUGUAGGCAGUGGCGGCGUCGGAAAGAGUUGCGUGACGGUGCGCUACUUGAAGGACGAAUUCGUCGAGUAUUAUGAUCCGACAAUCGAAGAGAGCUACUUCAAAGAGGUGGAAUGCGGGACACGGACGUACGAUGUGGAGAUCAUCGACACUGCCGGUCAGGACGAGUUUGCUGAUCACCGCAACAGCGCCCUCGCACAGGGAGACGGUUUUCUCGUCUUGUUCGCUAUCAACUCGCCGUACAGCUGGCAGGAGUUGAAGGAGCUGCGGGAGAGGAUUGUGCGCGAGCAUGAAGACAAGGGGGAAUUGCCGAUGGUUAUUGUUGGCAACAAAAAGGAUUUGGAUUCGCACAGACAAGUUCCAUUCGACGACAUCGUGGACUACUGUCGUUCUAUUCAAUGUCCCUUCAUCGAAACAUCAGCAAAGACGGGCUUGAAUAUAACAGAAGCUUUCCAGCUGUUGAUCGAGCAAGUCAAGCUGGUCAAUCCGACUAUACUCGAAGAGCAAUGGCACUACAAAAUCGCCAAUCAAAAGAUGAGAAACGGUCACAUUCCCAGUAGGUCGAGUAAGGAAUGCUGUAUACUUUAGGAAUGGAACGACAACCCCUAGAAUCUAAAAACAUAGAUUAAUUCCAAUAUUCGUUUCUAUUUCUAUGCUUUUAUUUGUAGAGCAUUUGUAUCAUCAGAGACUGUUUUACAUAAACUAGUAGUGCCUACAAACAGAACUGUAUCUGAUAAACAAUAUCGCUACAAAUGAAA